AGUAAAUGAGAUGCAUACUAUUUUCCCAGUUCAGCUUCGUAAGCUUGCGCAGGCCUAUUCAAACUCUAAUCUCCUCCAAAACAGGCUUUUACGGUUUCGUUCUUCGUGCAAGGCGAAAACCAAACUCUUUUCUUGCAUUUUAAUACCGACUAACUAUUGCUUACAUUGUAAAUUCUGUUUCAAAUGAGCGGACCUGGUUUUUCAUUCAAUUUUUAUGAAGAUGAAACAAACGAGACGGACGUGUCAUCAACUCCCGUAGGAAACAAGGCUGCAAAUGUCCCUGUCGAGUUAAAGAGUCUCAACGAUCUUAUUCAGUGUAUCCCCGAAAAACUAUCAUAUGCUCGAGUUGAUGGAUUGGCACGUUCUCUUUAUCAACGUGAACUCUGGGAUGUUAAGGUCCAAUUAAUGACACUUGACACCAACCAAGGAGAGGAACAAGAACAACUUAAAGUUUUGGAGGGUGCAAAUGAUUUGGUUCCCAUGGUCUACGAAGGAGGUUACAAAACAUGGGAGUGCAGCAUUGACCUAGCAAACAAAAUGUCGUGCUUUCUUAAAAACCAAGAGGCUCCUAAAAAUGCCAUCGAGAUUGGCUGUGGAAGCGCAUUGCCGCUUUUGACAGUUUUCUCUAAAGCGCUCGAGACUGGUAUCAGCGGAACAUUCGUAUUCCAAGACUACAAUCUUGAUGUUCUCAAAUACAUCACUGUACCUAAUCUUUUUCUCAACUGGUAUGCUUUGACACAUGGUGUAAACAAAAUGGAGGACGUUGGAGCCAUUGAUGUCACACAAUCUCUCCUUCAAAACUUUCUCGACAAUCUCCAACGUCUGAACAUUACCUGUGCUUUCCUUUCCGGUCCGUGGGGAACCGAGAUGGAAGGUGUCAUAGCGGAAAAGCUCGGUCGAAAGUUUUUUGAGAUUGUUUUGUCCUCGGAAACUAUUUACUCGCUCAAUUCUCUUUCCUCCCUUAUGAGCCUUCUCCAGUUUUGUACAAAGGAGCAUGCUUUUAUCGCAGGAAAAAACGUUUAUUUUGGAGUCGGAGGAAGCAUAUUAGAGUUCGUUACUCAAUUUCAAAAACUCAUUUCGGAAAGCAAACUCGAAAUUGAGAGCCAGACAAAAACCAACAUUGGAAGAUCUAUUGUAAUAUGGUCUAUACCUCAUUAACAUGAACCAAAGAAAAACUUACUAUUUUAUUGGGAUCAUUUGUUUAAAAUACACAUACAUACACACGUUAUCAGAGUUAGUUUUUUAAAUUUCAUUUUUGUCUACAAAUGUAAUGUACCUAUUAAGUGAAUGAAGAAUAUCUAUACGAAGAGUAAUAAACCAACUCUUCGUCGCUGCA